AUGCAGGCAGGGGAGUUUCUGCGCCUCUGGGAACAGUUCAGCGACAUGGGCUUCCAGCAGGACCGGAUCAAGGAGGUGCUGCUGGUCCAUGGCAACCGCCGCGAGCAAGCCCUGGAGGAGCUGGUGGCCUGUGCCCAGCGAGUCACCAAGAAAUUUGUGGAAGAAGAGGAUGACGAUGAAGAGGAGGAGGAGGAGAACCCAGAUGAUCAGGAUAAGCAAGGCAACCUGAAAGGCUUUAUCAAUGAUGAUGAAGAUGAAGGGGAGGAGGAUGAGGGUAGUGACUCUGGUGAUUCAGAAGAUGAUGUUGAUCACAAAAAGAGAAAACGCACGUCUUUUGAUGACCGCCUGGAAGAUGAUGAUUUUGAUCUCAUUGAGGAGAAUUUGGGUGUCAAAGUCAAAAGAGGACAAAAAUACUGCCGUAUCAAAAAAAUGUCAGAUGAUGAGGAUGAUGACGAGGAGAAAUAUGGCAAAGAGGAACGUGAAAAAGAGGCCAUUGCAGAGGAAAUCUUCCAGGAUGGCGAAGGGGAAGAAGGGCAGGAGGCCGUAGAGGCCCCCAUGGCUCCUGCAGAGGAGGAAGAGGAAGAUGAUGAAGAGUCAGACAUUGACGACUUCAUUGUGGAUGAUGAUGGACAGCCUCUGAAGAAACCUAAGUGGAGGAAAAAGCUUCCUGGAUACACAGAUGCGGCCCUGCAAGAAGCCCAAGAGAUUUUUGGUGUGGACUUUGACUAUGACGAAUUUGAGAAAUACAAUGAAUAUGAUGAAGAACUGGAGGAAGAGUAUGAGUAUGAGGAUGAUGAAGCCGAGGGUGAGAUCCGAGUGCGUCCCAAGAAGACCACCAAGAAACGUGUGAGCCGCAGGAGCAUCUUUGAGAUGUAUGAGCCCAGCGAGCUGGAAAGCAGUCACCUCACAGAUCAGGACAAUGAAAUCCGAGCCACCGACCUGCCUGAGAGGUUCCAGCUCCGCUCUAUCCCAGUCAAAGUGGCUGAAGAUGAUGAACUAGAAGAAGAGGCUGACUGGAUCUACAGGAAUGCUUUUGCCACACCAACUAUUUCUCUGCAGGAAAGCUGUGAUUACCUGGACAGAGGGCAGCCAGCCAGCAGCUUUAGUCGAAAAGGGCCCAGUACAAUUCAGAAGAUUAAAGAGGCCCUGGGCUUCAUGCGAAAUCAGCAUUUUGAGGUGCCUUUUAUUGCCUUCUACCGGAAGGAGUAUGUGGAGCCUGAGUUGCACAUCAAUGACCUGUGGAGGGUGUGGCAGUGGGAUGAAAAGUGGACCCAGCUGAGAAUCCGCAAAGAGAACCUAACGCGGCUGUUUGAGAAGAUGCAGGCUUAUCAGUACGAUCAAAUCUCUGCUGAUCCUGACAAACCUCUAGCUGAUGGCAUCCGGGCUCUGGACACGUGA